UCGGACGCUGUCGGUCGGUGGUCAACACGUCGGUGUGACGACACUGACGACGACGGGCCAGAAACGAAGGCGGCCUACGAGCGAUAUUUCCCUGCGUGUCUGAUGAGCUCCUCCGUUGCGCCGCUGUUGCUGCUGCUGCUGCUGGUGGUAAGAUGGCUGUGCAGCUGGACGGUGGAGGGAAGGAGGACCUGAAAACACAAUUCGUCACGCGGGAGGGCACCUACAAGCUGAUGACCCUGUCGGAGUACUCGAGACCGAACCGAGUCGGCUACACCAACAGCCAGGGCAGCGCGUCCGUCAGGGUGUCCUUCGUCACGCUGCCGGACCCAGCAGACCCCACGGGUGCGCAGGGCCUCGGUGACCGAAUGUGCUUCAAUUUCGGCAAGGAGCUCUACGUUUACGUCUACCGCGGUGUCAAGAAGGCUGUAGACUUGAAUAAACCAGUGGACAAAAAGUUAUACAAAGGAACUAAUCCGACCUGCCACAAUUUUAAUCAAACAACAGCAACUGCUGAUAGUGCUCCUUUGCUGGUGGGAUUUUCCACGGGGCAGAUACAACUGAUCGAUCCGAUAAAGAAGGACAGUUCUCAACUCAGCAAAUUGUACAAUGAAGACAGGUUGAUAGACAAGAGCAAGGUGACAUGUAUAAAGUGGGUUCCCGGCUCGAACAACCUAUUUCUGGUCUCUCAUAGUUCCGGUCAGCUGUACCUCUAUAACGAAGAGCUGCUUUGCGGCACCACUGCGCCGCACUAUCAGUCAUUCAAGUCGGGUGACGGAUACGCCAUAUAUACCUGCAAAACCAAAUCCACCAGGAACCCAUUGUACCGAUGGGUAAUAGGCGCGGAAGGAUGUUGUAUAAAUGAAUUCGCCUUUAGUCCGUGUGGCACGAACUUAGCCGUGGUAUCACAGGAUGGGUUUCUGCGUGUUUUUCAAUACAACACUAUGGAACUGGUUGGCUCGGCAAGGAGCUACUUUGGUGGCUUUUUAUGUGUGUGCUGGUCACCGGACGGACGUUACGUGGUAGUAGGCGGCGAGGACGAUCUGGUGACUAUUUGGAGCUUCCACGAGAAGCGGGUUGUGGCGCGGGGGCAAGGCCAUCAUAGUUGGGUGAGCGUGGUUGCCUUUGAUCCAUACACAACAUCCUACGGUGAUCACGAUCCCGACUUUAGCGGUUCGGAUGACGAGACGACGAUGUCGCACAACAAUCAUAAUCACUUCCAUGAGAAGUCGCACCGUCUAUCCACGACUUCGCAAAGCGGCGUUCACUCGAAUCGCAAUUCCUGUAGCUCUGAAUUGAGAAUGUCGGGCGGCACGUGCUACAGGUUAGGCAGUGUAUCGCAGGACACCCAACUGUGCCUAUGGGACAUCACGGAGGAUGUAUUGAGGCAACCGGUGUGUGCCAAGCAAAGACCCUCUGCGGCGUGCAGCACCAGUGGCGGUACCUUGUCGUCCUCGGGCACGUUUAAUAGUGGCAACGGAGCGGCGACAACGGCGAAUCAUCAUUCAAAUUCGAAUGCUAAACAUAAUAAUUCAAAUAAUGUAAACUUCAAGGAGAACGCGAGUGGUAAUAACGAGACUAGUAAUAGCAGCAGCACGAAUGCCGCGGUAGCGACCGUGAAUUCGCUGACGCAGAGGCUAGCGGGUCUUGGCUUCGGCGAACGUAAGGGUGAUAAUCACAAGAGAAACUUUAGCCUCACUAUGCGAGGUAGCGGCACAGGUGCAACAGCGACGACGAUCAACAACAGCACAACGACAGUUGUGCAAAACAAUGGUGGCGACAAGGCGAGCACCGGCAAUUCAACGAGUACGACGAGUAGUAGUUUGAAUAACAGUGUCGGUGGGAGUUUAGUAGGUGGGACGGGAAGUAAAAAGGUUAGUUCCGUGAUGGACGAUCCCAUGAGGUUGAUAGGGACCGCCUGGUGUCCCAGGUUCGACGAGUGUCCGGUCCUCGAGCCGCUGGUGUGCAAGAAGCUGGCGCACGAGAGACUGACUGAAUUAGUAUUUAGGGAAGAUUGCUUCGUGACGGCGUGUCAGGAUGGAUACGUGUACACGUGGGCGAGGCCCGGCCACAUGGUAGGUCCUCUCACGAUAAGCAGCACCCUGCACAGGCCAUCACACCAUCAUAGCAACAACCCUUACACUAGUAAUAUCAAUUCCAUGCGAUGUAACGACCUCUGAUGUAACCCGUUAUUUCCAAAUCGUUAUUUAGCGAGUCUAUCGAGUAGAGUCUGUUGAUCGGAAGAUCCGCGAAUUCUGUACAUAUAUACGUAGAGUUAGAAUCUAGAAUGAUGUUAUCGUGAUAAAAGUGGCACA